ACGAAGCCAAAAGAAGAGUUUGGAAACUUAGUAGCCCAUUGACCCAAAAAAGAAGUCUCACCAAACCCAUUCAAGAAGAUAAAAUGCGUUAACUAGACCAAAGCCCAACUAGACCACAUCAAAUACAAAAGUAAAAAAUGUCAUUUUCGAAUCAGAUUGCGUGAAGGCUAUCCGUUUUGUGAAAAAUAAAUCUACAGUGACUGAUUGGUAUUUGGUGGGAUCGAAGUGCUUAUUGAGAAGAUUGAUAUAUUUUGGUUCAUUUGACCGGUUUUAUUCACACAAACCUUGUUCCGGUUUGUUGUGUACUUUUGUGACGUCGUCACCCUGUUGUAAAGCUAUUGAAUUGUUUACUAUUGAUGCAUUCCCAAUUUCCCAUUUCCUUAUACAAAAAAAAAAAAAAGAAAAAAGAAAAAAGAAAAAGAAAAAGAAAAUAGUACUGAGUAAUGUAUAUAUGUAGCAUGGGCCUUCUCACGGACCUUGAAUCUUUGAUGAGGUGAAGUGAGAAUGCAGAGAGAGAGAGGAGAGAGAAAUAAGAAAUCACAUAUUUCUUUUAUUAUGAUGACCAGAAAAAUGUCCUCUUCUACUUGAAAUAGUUGUACUAGCAUGGGAGACUGUGCUUGCUGACAUAUAUUAAUGUCCCUUAAAUAGUUUUUAUUUCUUUCUUUCUUCAUUAAACUAAAUUAACAUUUCUUUAUUUAUUAUUUCUGAUUUCUCUCUCACACACACACACACACACGUACACACACCUCUCUUCCUGACAGCCUCAGCCCCUGCUCACACACAGUUCACACACUGCACAACACUCCAUCUCAUCUCCGAGAUAUAUACAUCUCUCUCUCUCUCUCACACACACACACACACGCAUAUAAAGUGCUCAAAUCAGUAGAGAUCCAUAUGAUCUCAUCUUUCACAGAUUUAGACAAACACACACAGUCCUAACACCAUCCGUCCCUUCAAAAACUCCAACUCUUAAACAACAUCUUCUCUCUCUCUCUUUCUCUCUCUAGUCUCUCACACGCACAAAAACACACACACACACACACAGCUCCCAAUACCAUCCCACGGAGCACGAAGCAGCCUCCAUUAUUCAGUCUUCCCUCAACCAACCGACAUUGCUCCACUCUCCCCCAAACGCACACACGAAUUCAUGUGCUUAAUCUUGAUUAUUUGGGGUGGUGGUGGCUACUGCUCACAAUUAUUUUUGAAUUAAUAAAAAAAGAAAAAAAGAAAAAAAUGGGGUGUCUGGUAUCUCAACUGGCAGCAAAAUUUGCAUUCUUUCCACCAAAGCCGGCCACAUACCAGAUAAAGAAGAGGGAUGAUGGGAAGCUAGUGGCAGCAUCGACGACGUCGUCUCACUCACAGCCAAUAGCAAUAGAAGAUUCAUGUAUGGAUGUAUUGUCUAUCCAAACCAAAAGGGGAAACAAUAUUGUAGCUUUCUACUUGAGGAACCCAUACGCUAGGCUUACGGUGCUCUACUCCCAUGGAAAUGCAGCUGAUCUGGGCCAGCUCUAUGACCUCUUUCUUCAGCUCAAACAAAAUCUCAGAGUUAAUCUCAUCGGGUAUGACUAUUCUGGUUAUGGAGCUUCUACGGGUAAGGCAAGUGAAUAUGACACGUAUGCGGACAUAGAGGCAGUAUACGAGUGUCUUCAGACAGAGUAUGGAGUAAGCCAAGAAGACUUAAUAUUGUACGGACAAUCAGUUGGAAGUGGGCCCACAUUGCAUUUAGCAGCUCAAUUGCCGAGGUUGAGAGGUGUCGUUCUUCACAGUGCUAUUCUAUCUGGACUUCGUGUGCUCUGUCAUGUCAAAUUCACUCUCUGUUGUGAUAUUUACAAGAAUGUAAACAAAAUCCGAAAGGUGAAGUCUCCCGUGCUCGUUAUACAUGGGACAGAGGAUGAUGUGGUAAAUUGGUUGCAUGGGAACGGAUUAUGGGAAAUGGCAAGAGAAGCAUACGACCCAUUGUGGAUCAAAGGAGGUGGACACUGCAAUUUGGAGCUAUAUCCGGAUUAUAUUCGACAUCUUUGCAGAUUUAUUCAAGAAAUGGAGAACAUCACUACUCAAACUCGACUCAAUAAGAUCCGCAACACUCUCUCUCUACUCAAAAGGUCAAACUCCGAUAACAACACAUGCUGCUGUACAACAACACCUAAAUGCCCUCAAUGUUUCAAACUCAAAAGCUGCAGCAGCUGCUGCUGCUGCUUGCCCAAAUGUCCAAAAUGCCCUCUCUGGAAGCUGCCAAAGUGUUUCAAACCCAACUGUUUGUGUCAGUGCAUGAAAUGCUCGUGUAGGUGCUCUAUUUGCUCGUGUUUGUGUGCUGCUAAAUGUUCGUGCUUGUGAUAAUAUUUAAUAAUUUUAUUGUGGACGGGUGAAUGGUGAUUGGGUAUACACAGAAACACACUUUAGACGAUGUAAGAGCGAGAGUGAGAAGGUAGAUUUUUGUACAGAUUGCACAACUUGUUAACUGUUAACGCAGCCCUCUUCCUACCUACUGGUGUUGCACUGCACUAGACGUUUUAGGAAUUCAAAUCCUGUACAAUGCUUUUUUUUCCUUCUUGCUUUUCUAGCCAUUAUUAUCUAUUGUAACUCUUUUUCUUGCAUUAUAUUUAGUGAAAAAGGUCUGUUUUAUUUGUUUU